AUGGAUGGUGACUUGGCCAAGUCUUUUUGGCAUUCUUCGGAGGUAGAUUUUUCUUUCUCUAACUCGAUUGGUAGGUCGGGAGGAUUGCUCAUUUUAUGGAAUAACAAAGUGGAGGUUAUUAAUAGUUUUAGAGGUGAAGGUUAUUUAGGGAUAAAAGCUUGUUGGGAGAAUAAGUUUUACUACUUGAUUAAUGUGUACUCUCCGUGCCUUAGGACUAAAAAGAUGGAAUUAUGGAAGAAGUUGCUUGAGUUAAAGGAGGCUUUUAAGGAUGGGGAUUGGAUAGUGGGAGGAGAUUUCAAUGCGAUAAAAAAUUCUAGAGAAAGGAAGGGUCGCGGUUUGUAUGUGAAUAACAGAGAGAUGGAGCUUUUUUCGGAGUUCAUUGAUAAAAGCGAGUUGGUGGAUAUUCCUUGCAAAGGAAAAAAGUUUUCUUGGUUUAGUGGAGAUGGGAAGUCGAUGAGUAGAAUUGAUCGUUUCAUUGUUUCCAACGACGUAGUGUCUAGAUGGGAGGUUACGUGUCAACUCAUCGGGGAUAGGGAUAUUUCGGAUCAUUGUCCAAUUUGGAUCGUUAAGGAUCAUAGGAAUUGGGGUCCUAAGCCAUUUAAGUUCAAUAAUGAGUGGUUUAGCUUUGACUCUUUUAUUCCUUUUGUGGAGAAGGAAUGGAAAAGUAUUAAGGUGUUUGGUAGAAUUGAUUUGGAGAUGGAGGAUGGUGUGGAUAAGAUGAACGUGGCCGAUGAGGUAUUGGCUUCCGAUGAUGUCUUCGACUUUGAUAGUGUGAUGGAGAAUAGGAAGGAAGCUUGUUGUAAUUUUUGGAAGAACUUGAGAAUAAAAGAAAAUAUGUUGCUUCAAAAGUCGAGAUUGUGUUGGAUUAGAGAAGGAGACUCCAAUAGUAAGUUUUUCCAUAAGGUGUUGAAACAAAGAAGAAGAACUAACCAUAUCGGUCCGAUUCUUUCUUCGGACGGUAUGGCGGAUUCGGUGGAUGAAGUUAGGGAGACGGUGUUCAAACAUUUUGAGAAGAAGUUUGCCGAAGAGGAGUAUGCUAGACCUAUUUUAGAGGGUAUUCCUUUCAAGACCCUUAGUGAGGAAGAAGUGGAUUUUUUGGAGAAACCUUUUCUUCAAGAGGAGAUUAAAGAGGCGGUGUGGGAGUGUGGAGGAGACAAAAGCCCGGAUGGGGUGCUUGUAGCGAAUGAGGUGGUUGAUUAUGCGAAGAGGACGGGAAGUAAAUGCACUCUUUUCAAAGUAGAUUUCGAAAAGGAAUAUGAUAAGGUGAGUUGGUCUUUUCUCCGAUUCAUGUUCAAAGCUUUGGGAUUCGGUAAUAGAUGGAUGAAAUGGAUGGAACUAUUGGUGUUUAAGAGUGACAUGUCGGUGUUGGUGAAUGGGAGCCCUUCGAGAGAGUUUGGUGUGUCUAAAGGGUUGAGACAAGGAGACCCUCUUUCUCCUUUUCUCUUUGUUUUGGUAGCGGAAGCGCUCACGGCACUAGUGAGUAAAUCUAUUGAGUUAGAGGAAUUUCAAAGUUUUACCAUCAAAGGAAAUAGUAGAGUGGAUAUCCUCCAAUUUGCGAUUGACACUUUAUUGGUGGGGGAUGGUAGUUGGAAGCAUAUUCGGGCAAUCGAGGCGGUUCUUAGAGCCUUUGAACUUGUUUCGGGUCUUGGGAUUAAUUACCACAAGAGUAAGUUGAUUGGUAUUAAUCUUAGUUCUCAUUUUUUGGAAGCCGCGUCUCACUUUUUAUCUUGUAAGGUGGAGGAAAGCAAGUUUAAUUUCCUUGGAAUUCCGAUUGGGCAUAAUCCAAGGUUGGAAGCUACUUGGGAUCCGCUCUUGUUCAAGACAAAAGCUAGAUUGAAUGGUUGGACUAAUCGCUUCUUGAAUUUAGGAGGUAGGAUCACGCUUUUGAAAUCGGUGCUUAGUUCCCUCUCCAUUUUCACUAUGUCUUUUUACAAAAUGCCGUCGAAGGUGGUGAAGAAAUUUAAUAGUUUACAAAGUAAAUUUCUUUGGGGAGGAUUAGAGGAGAAAAAAAAGAUUCAUUGGGUUAGAUGGAAAGAUGUUUGUCUUCCCAUGGAUAAAGGCGAGCUUGGCGUGAAGGACAUAGCGUUAUUCAACAUUUCUCUUCUUAACAAGUGGAGGUGGCGAAUUCUUCAAGGAGGAAAUUCUCUUUGGCUUGAUGUUUUAAAAGGCCGGUACAGUGAUUUAUCGACAUCCGUCUUGAUUAAUUAUAAGGUUAGUAAUUCUACCUCUUUUUACCGUAAAGUUUCUUCUUCUUCUUCUUCUACUAUUUGGUGGAGGGACUUGGUUAAGAUAAAUUCUUUGUUGCAUGCGGAUCCGAUGGUUGACAAGGUUAAAUUUAAUGUCCAUAACGGGUUCCACACGCCGUUUUGGGAAACUUCUUGGUUGGAAGGAAUUCCUUUGAAAGAAGAAUUUCCGGAAUUAUUUUUAAAUUCUAUUUUGAAGGGCGUUUCGGUGGCGGGAAUGGGGGGGGUGGAUUGA